AGAGCCAUUCUUUCUCUUGGACAGCUCACUCGCCGUGACGACUCCGCACCAUCCGCUGAGCACACGAGAGCUGGUUUACACAUCUCGAUCCAUCACGUACAGCAUCACCUAUCUCCUGUGUUUUACAGGAUCUCCCACAUUCUUUUGCGUGUAUUUCCGACCGUCAUCGACCGUUCUUUCUUCUUUAUCCUUCUCCUUUUCUGCGUCGUUGUUGCUGGCUCUCGCGCUCCCUCCCUCGACCCCACCGUUUCGGAGUAGAUCUUUGCCAGCAUCUCUGAGUGUGCUGAGCACACAAACACACGCGCGUUGUAGAUUAUUUUACCUCUACGCUGGUUUUGUUCUUCCUUAUUAUUAUUAUUAUCUUUCAAGCAAGACGCAUUUCUUCUCCUUCAGCACCGCAGCACGCUUCAUCGUCUCUCCUCCUUUUUUUUUUAGCGGUACGGCUUCCUUUUUAUCCACUUCCACGGUUUCUUUGCUGGUCGUGCUGACCUUGUUCUUGCAGCUUUGUUUUUCUCUUUCCUCUCUUUACUCCCUAUCGACGUAAGCAAGCGAAGGCACCGGCCGCACCAUCCGUGUGAGCGUGUCUUUCCAGCGUAGACUCCUCCGGUUUUUUUUGUUCUCGCUCCACAUACGCCAAUACACGCGCGCACGCACGCAUGAAGGGCGAGCUCUUCGUUCUUCUCUUUCAUACUGUACCACGAUUCAACGUGUGUGUGUGUGCUUGUGCUCGCCAUGUCGGACAGCGCCGCUGCCUUCGCCAACUUCCCGAGUGAAGCGCGCGGCAUUCUGCUCGCCAAAACCUACCAGCCCAUCUCCCUCCACACCGCCGACGUCCACGUUCUCUUCUCCGGCUACGCGGCGCAGGUCACCCUCUCACUCGAGUACGUGAAUGAGACCAAUCAACUCGUGCAGGCGAUCGCGGCCUACCCGGUGCCCCCGGGCUUCCAACUGCAGUCCACCACGCUGACCGGCCCCAACCGUGCUGUUGCGACGGACGCCUAUCAGCAGUCGCGCGCCGUGCGGGCAGCGGAGACGGGCAGCAAGCUGCCAGCCAAGUCGUUGUACGACACCAUGACCGCCGCGGUGGCGACGCAGACGGUGCCGUGGGACCUCAGCCCCGGCGACGCGGUCCGCAUGACCUCCGUCUACCACGCCCCGCUCGCGCAGAUUCAGCGGCAAAGCGAGAUCGCCUUCACGAUGCCCACCUCUCUCUUCCCCGCCGUGGUGCGCCCACCCGAGGCGCAGCGCAGCUACGUCAAGACCGCGACCACCACGGCCAUCGCCACCGACGACCGCAGCUGCCUCCGUCGUGAUGGAAAGGCCGGGCGCAUGCACGUCACAGUCGAGGGCCAGCUCUACCGCCCCCUGCGUGGCACCGUCACGCUCGACAAGGGCGGCUACGUCAUCGAAACGGAAGACCCGGCGGAGCUGAAGGUGGCCUACGUCGGCGACUCGGGGUUCUGUCUGACCUACCAAGGUGCCCUCCCGACCAAGGCGUACACGCAGCAGGCCCUCACGGUGCGGGCACCGGUGGGGGAGACGGUGGAGCCGCUGCGGCUGCACAGCGUGACGGUGCCGCCGACGGCGACGGACUGCGGCGCGGCCGCCGUGGCGCUCACGAUGGCGCCGACCUUCGCGAACUGUCCGGUGAACGCGGAGCUCGUCUUUCUGAUUGACGUGCACACGCCGGCGAUGGCGCAGGACGUGGCCGCGGCCGUGGCCGCGGUCAUCUCGCCCACUCUCUCCCCCAUGCCGGCCUCGGUGCACGCGAAUGUGCUGAUUUGCAAUGACACGCGCCGCAACGGCUGUGUGGCGCUCUUCUCCGCGGGCAGCGUGCCCCUUGCCUCGAUCCCGCAAGCCUCCGUGCUGGCCUACAUGAAGGAGGAGAUCGCGCAGAACACGACCAAGGUGAAGAAGGGGAGUCUGGUGCCGGCGACGGUGUACUCCCCGCAGCUGCCGGCCGUGCUGCACGACGUACUCGCCGGCUACAACGUCGCGACGGCCGUGCCGACGGGGUACGUGCGAAACGUUAUCUUGCUCUCCGACGCAGGGGGGCUGGCGAAGGCGUCGGAGAGCGCGACGAUGAUCAGCGACGCGGCCACCUUCGCUACCAACACGCGUGUCCACUGCGUGGCGCUCGGGCCGACGGCUGACCAGGCGACGCUCGAGACGUUAGCCGUCACAGCUGGUGGGCGCUUCCGCUGCCCGGCGACCACGACAGUGCCGUCUAACAGUACAGCCGCUGCCGAGAAGUGCGACCUCGUCUUGGCACUGCACGAAGUGCUAGUGGCGGCGGCGGUGCCCUGUUUGGUUGAAGUGCGAACAACGUGGAAGCUCGCGUCGCCGUCGCCGGUGGGGUUGGUGCGGCUGGCCGCGAACGCGGAUGGGACCAACCUCCCGUGCAUUCCACGCCAUACGAAGCGCGUGCUGUAUGGUCUCCUCAUGCCCCCGACGCCCGCCCAGCAGCAGCAACAGGCAGAGCAACAGAUGGGCAACAACGCUUCGCAGGGAGAAGGCGGGGCGCGCGAGAGGGAGGACCUCACCCCGCCGCAGCUCAACGUGGGGGUGACGGGGCGUGUCGGAAACUUAGCGCUCGAGUUCACCGCUGCCACCCUCAUCACGCGCAUCGCGGACGCACAGCCGUUGCCCCCGCCCGUGAGCGUCGCUGCCGCCGCGGGGGGCGGCUUCGCAGAGCCACAGCAAGACGCAUCCAGUGAAACACGCACCGCCGGUUCCGAUGAGAGAGCAGGAGAGGAAACGCAAGCACCGGCCGCAGGGGAGCUGCGACAGAACGAGCCGCAUUCGCAGAGCCCGGGCGUGCUUUCUGUGAAGAACCUCACGUCGCAGGAGGGCGCGGGCGUAAGCCCCUCACCGAUGCGUGACAGCGCGUCUGCUGGUUCGGUCGGCAGAGCCUCCGCCACGUCUCCGACGCGCACCCCAGUCAAGCGCAACGGCAAUACAUUGCUUCUGCACACCGCUGCUGCGGCCGCCCGCAUCGCGUUCUUAAGCAACGGCUACCACGUCGUGACCGCGAGUGAGGCGCUCGAGAUGAUUCAGCUGUCGCAGCGGUGCAUGUUGCCCUCCCCGUUCACAACGCUGACGGAUGGCAAGGCCCCUCUGACAGUGGAGCAGAAGAAAGGGAGCGUUGUCUACGCGCCUUCUGUAGGUGCCAAAGCGCAGAUUGCGGUGGCCAUUCGCACGCGACAGGCGGAGGUGGCGGCGACGGCGUCGUCCACGUCAUCUCGGUCGGGUACAGAGGGAAAGGGUGAUAGUUCUCCCGAGAAAGGCAAGCCGAAGACCGGCAAGAAGGGCAUUAAGGACACUGCUUCGUUGUUCUCCAUGCGUUAA